AGCCUUUCAGCGUAUUUAUUUGAAAGCAUCCAAGCCAGUUGCCUGAACCAUUUACUCCUAAAUGUUUACGUCUCAGUUGUUCGUGCAUUUGCUGAAAUUGCUUACAGAAUUCUGAAAAGGGAUGUUUAGUCUCAUGGCUAAUUGCUGCAGCUGGCUAAAACGUUGGCAAGAACCUGUAAGGAAAAUAACUCUAGUGAUGGUAGGGUUGGAUAAUGCUGGAAAAACUGCAACUGUGAAAGGAAUUCAAGGAGAGUCUCUAGAGGAUUUAGCUCCCACAGUGGGUUUUUCAAGAAUUGAUCUAAAACAGGACAAGUUUGAAGUCACCAUCUUUGAUUUGGGAGGAGGGAAAAGAAUCCGUGGGAUCUGGAAGAACUAUUACUCCGAGUCCUUUGGUGUUAUUUUUGUUGUGGACUCCAGUGAUGUAGAUCGAAUAGAAGAAGCCAAAGACAUCGUGGCAGAGGUCAUAAGGCAUCCGAAGAUAUCAGGAAAACCUGUGCUAGUAUUGGCAAAUAAACAAGACUGUGAUGGAGCAUUAGCGGAGGCUGAUAUUAUAGAGUACCUUUCAUUGGAAAAGCUGGUCAAUGAAAAUAAAUGUUUAUGUCAAAUUGAGCCAUGUUCUGCAACUUUGGGAUAUGGAAAAAAAUUGGACAAAGCUAUUAGGAAAGGCCUUGGUUGGCUUUUGAACACCAUAGCAAAAGAUUAUGAUAAUCUACAAGAAAGGGUGCAAAAAGAUACAAUGGAACAGAAGGCACAAGAAGAGAAAGACAAACAAGAUCGGGCAGAAAGAGUCCGUAGAAUACGAGAGGAAAGAGAACAAAAAGAAAAGGAAGAGGGGAACCCUUUAAACCAGGAUGAGGAUGAUGAACCUGACCCAAAAGUAAACCCUUUUCAACCUAUAUCUAAGGUCAUUUCUGUGAAUGAAGAGAAAAUCAGAAAACUGAAAGAGAAAAACAAACCAAAACCUAGUGGAGAAAUUCUAAUAAGUUCUUCAGAAAAGUCAAAAUCAUCUAAGAUGCAAAUGGAAUCUGGCAACGGCAAUCAGAUGUUUGAGAGAGUGAAACCAGUCGCCCGUGUGUUAACUGAGCAACAAGAGGAAAUUGAGUGCAACCAGAAAAUGAUAGACUCUGAGUCUGCGAAGAGAAAAAUUAAAAAGAUUCCUAUAAAGAGAAAGAAUAAGGUAGAACCAUUCAGUACAGAUGAUGACUCUGAAAAUUCAAGCCCACCACCGCCACCUGUCGGCUGGGGUACUCCCAAAGUUAACAGACUUCCAAAACUUGAACCUCUCGGUGAAACCCAACAUAAUGAUUUUUACAGUAAGCCGCUACCACCAGUACAAAUGAGCCAGAAACCAAAUGCUGACACCCAUGAAGUCAUCUCCUAGCAGUAUGGAUCUCUUGUUACUCUCUGAACAAAACUAGGUAGUUUUUUUAUGCUUUAUUUAAAAAUCAAACUUAUGGUUCAUUCUUUUCCAUCAGAAGAGAUUUUUUAAAAACUGAGCAAGAAAAGAAAGAACCUAUCAUCACUUUUGAGAACAAAACAAAACUUUCCAUACUGCAGUCAAGGACACUGUAUUGCUACCACAUCAGCAUGUUGAGCAAAAGAAUGGCUGCAGUGGACAGGCUUACAUUUUGAGUGAAGUGUUGAAUGGCUAUCUUUAGCAAACCUUGGAGAAGAAAGAGGCAGUGAGACAAUACACCACAGAAGUAUUUUUUUUUCUGCUGUUUAAGCCAGUGGAAUUUUGUAUCAAUUGAAAAGUUCAUGAAGAAACUCAACCUGACCGAGAAAAACCUUUUUAAUAUAACAUUUCAUAUUUGUACAGUACAAAACAUGUUAAUUGUGCUGAAUGUUUUGAGCAGUCUUUCUAGAAGAUGCAGCAUGGUCAUGCAAGUAAUUAUGUUUCAAACUGCAAAUAUUUUAGGUUUUGUUUCAAAGUUCAAGCAAGGACUCCUAUUCAUGUGGUCUUGAAACUCAGUGGAUUAGAUGUUUGCAAAUACUGUAGCAAAGCUUUAUUAUAUGUUCUAUGUGGAACAAAAUAUGUAUUAAAAAAAAACAUACCAUGUAAAAUUGGCAAGCAUAAUUCCUUCACUUCU